AUGGCGGACGAUUUACGAACCCGAUCCAACGCGUCGACUACGCACAUGCCUCGCAUCUUCUCCUUGACUUCUACCCUUGCCAUGGCCUUUUCGAUCACAAAUACUUGGAUUGGGUACUCUGCAACUUUUGUGACACCGCUGUUGGCCGGAGGUGGCCCUGCCGUUGUUUUCUGCUUGGUCCUAGCAUGCGUUGCUUGCACCAUCCUUGCUCUGGGCUUGGCGGAGCUGGCAUCUGCGUUUCCCUCUAGCGGUGGUCAAUACCACUAUGCAUCCAUGGUUUCGACGGAGAGGUAUCGUGCGCCUAUGGCCUUUGCCAUAGGCUGGAUUAGCAUUUUGGGAUGGCUCUUUGGGACUAUCAGUACGACGGUAUUCUGCUCUCAAACAUCACUGAUGCUCGCUUCGCUAUAUCACCCAAGCUAUGUCUGGACGGCAUGGCAAGUCUGGCUUAUCUACACACUGAUCACGGCUAUUUCCUGCCUUUUCAUCAUCUUGCUUCCUCGAUGGAUCCCAGCAGCGGAGAAAGUCUUCCUCUUUUCGUCUCUCCUUGGCCUCGUUGUUGCUUUUAUCACGGUUCUGGUGACAAGUCAAGAGAAACAACCAGCAAAAGUGAUAUUUGCUGAAUGGGUCAAUGUCACCGGAUGGCCGGAUGGCCUGGCCUUCAUCCUAGCAACUGGCCAGGCUAUGUAUGGCUUUCUGGGCAUGGAUGGUGCAACCCAUAUUGCCGAGGAGCUUCCCAACCCCGAGCGGACUGUGCCCAAGGUCAUUAUCAUGAUUAUGGCCAUCGGUACCGCAACAAGCAUCCCCUGGACAAUCGCCAUGAUAUUCAGUACUAACGAUCUCGAAAAAGUUGCCGGAUCUGCACUUCCCAUAUAUGAGGUCUUUCUUCAGGCCAUCAAUUCUCAGGCUGCAGCGACCUUCUUCACUGUCUGGAUAUGCUUUAUUUACUACGGUGCUCUUGUUAGCUGCUUCGUCACAUCUGGGCGACUUAUUUGGGCGUUUUCGCGCGACGGCGGUCUCCCAUACUCACACAUCUUCGCCAAAAUCCAUCCAACUCUCCUCGCACCAGUCAAUGCCACAUUGCUAGCUGGGGCCUUUAUGGUCGUGUUCGGUCUUUUGUAUAUUGCAUCAACCACGGCAUACAAUAGCAUUGUGGGCUUGGCUAUUCUGGCAAUAAACCUCACCUGCGCCAUCCCCCAAACCAUUGUCUUGAUCCGUGGACGACACGUUCUUCCGAAACGAUAUCUGAAUCUUGGUCCGGUUCUGGGAACAUUUUGCAAUGUCUUCUCCACACUCUACGUGGCACUAUACACCGUCCUAUUUUGUUUCCCGCUUAUGCUUCCGGUAGCAGCAGCGUCUAUGAACUACCUUUCUGUAGUACUCGUGGGCGCACUCGUCUUUGUUACUAUUCUGUGGUGGGCUGGCAAGCGUCACACAUUUCAUGGCCCGAGCCUUCAGAGCGAAGGCGUUGUGAUUGAAAGCCGGGCAGUUGAGGACGGGGCAAAGAAUUCCAUGUCCCAGUAA